AUGUCCAAGGCUCGUCGCAUGCGCGGUUUUCGUUCUCUCUGUAUCUGGGUUUACCUAUUCUGUGGUGCUUUCGCUCAGUCAAGUAGGUCAAUAAGCGAUGCACCUGAGUGCGGUGUCAAAUGCGCUCUCGAGAGUUUCAGCGACCCGGCGUUUUCGCUCAAAACUCAAGCCGAACUAUGCCAUGAUAAAGCGUUUGCCAGGGUACUAGGGGAUUGCGUGGCAAAACGAUGUCUUUUUGGUGAAACGAUGGGUAAUAAACGACUUCACAUUCGGGCAGCAUUUCAUGAGCUACAGCCUAUUAACAUUAAUAUCACAGAGUUUACUCGGAUUUCCAAAAAGGCAUGCGGUAUUCCUCCGAUGGACCAAUACAUCGAGUUCCAAGUCACUGGCAUAAUCAUGACGACGCUAGCCGUUGUCUUUUACAUCCUACGAGUUACAUGCAAAAUCCUAGGGCCUACUCUUUGGGGCAUAGACGAUACACUUAUUUCAGUAUCAGUGGCCCUAUUGAGUCCUGUUUGCGUCUUCUACCAAUUAUGCAAAGAGUUUGAAAACCUCUCACAUCGCCAAGUAGGAACUUUUUUCAGAUAUUUCUUUGCAUUGGCACUACUCUAUCCCAUUGUCCUCACAUUUAUAAAAGCCUCCAUUUUACUUCUGUAUCUUCAGAUCUUCCCAGAUGAAACCUUUCGGAGAGUGGUCAAGUGGACUGCGGCAUGCAAUGCCCUGUUCGGACUGACAUUCGUUGUGCUCACUUUGAUACAAGCACCCGUGCUCUUGGAUAUAUGGAAAGCAUGGGAAGACAAGACGAUCGGCCAGGGUAUGCAUUACAUGUCGUCACCACCGAUGGUGCAGGCUUGUUUGAAUCUAGUCCUGGAUAUCUGGAUGCUUAUCUUACCGAUUUCUCAGUUGUACAAAUUGGGGCUCAAGAUCAGUAAGAAGCUAGGCGUGAUAGCAAUGUUUAGUGUUGGCAUAUUCUUGACUAUUGUUUGUGCUCUCAAGCUAUAUAAAAUGGUAGAGUACAUUACCGAUAUAAGCAAGUCAACCCAAAACGGGAACGAUGUCAUCUUUUGGUCUUACAUCGAGCUAUGUGUAGGAAUCACGGUAUCUUGCAUGCCUCAUACACGCCAGCUUACACGAGCGGUGCUGCAUAGGUUGCGGUCAAAUGGACAUGGUAUCAGGAGCUCUGGGAGCGAUGGUCCCUUCAUCACGCGGUCUAUUGAAACAAUAACCCAGGUUUCGUCUCCUCUGGAUACAGUAGUUCUUCAUGAUGAGGGAAAUCUUCUUACGAAGUCUUAG